AAGCUGAUUCGAGAGGGAAGGAACCGGCAUCAGAAAAAGCCAGCCCUUCGCCAGAGACAAAAAGACGAAAUCGCCCCCAAAGCUUCAUAUCCCUCCCUCCCUCUCUCACACGCACGUACAGCAUUUGUGUUUGUAGAAAAAGCUUUUUCUACAAAGCUUUAUUUGUGAUUUCUGUGUGUUUGGUUGUGAAUCUCAUCUUGUAUGAAUUAUCAUUUCAUGAAGAACAAGCAUCACUUAUACCAAGGUAUCGAUCAAGAAAUCGGAGAGAUGAAGUCCGCCGAGCAUCCGAUUUCUGAUGAUGAGUCCGAUGGCGAAUCACCUAACAAGGACCGAUCGGAUUCAAAUCAACUUAUCCAGCCGCUCGGCAGGGAUAUAACCAUCAACUGCCUCCUCCGCCUGCCAAGGUCUGACUAUGGUGUAGUUGCCUCCCUUAACCGGUGUUUCCGUUCCCUAGUCCGAUCUGGCGAGCUGUACAAGCUCCGUCGUUGGGCAGGUAUAUCUGAACAGUGGGUUUACAUCUCCUGCAGCCCCCUGGAGUGGGAGGCGUUCGACCCUGACCGCCGGCGUUGGAUGCGCCUGCCGCGAAUGCCUCCAAACGACUGCUUCAUGUUAUCUGAUAAGCAGUCGAUGUCCAUCGGCACCGAUCUUCUUGUUUUCGGUAAGGAAGUCAUGUCCCACACAAUACUAAGGUAUAGCAUUCUGACUAACUCAUGGUCUUACUGCACACCAAUGAAAACACCUAGAUGCCUGUUUGGAGCUGCCAGCUUUGGACAGAUAGCGAUCUUUGCGGGUGGCGUAAAUGCUCAAGGGAUUGUAUUGAGUUGCGUCGAGCUAUACAAUUCAGAGACAGGAACUUGGAUGACACUGCCGAGUAUGAAUAAACCAAGGAAGAGCUGCUCAGGCACUUUCUUGAAUGGAAAGUUCUAUAUCAUGGGAGGUAUUGGUAGCAAUUCGGUGUCAUAUACGUGUGGUGAAGAGUAUGAUUUAGAGAAGAGGAGUUGGAGAAUUAUUCCAGAUGUGUACCCAGUGACAUGUGUGCCGACAUCGCCGCCUCUGUCGAUCGCAGCCGUGAAUAAUGAGUUGUAUGCGGCUGAUCAUGCUCAGAGGGAACUGAGGAAGUAUGAUAAACAGAAGAAGAGGUGGGUCAUUCUGGGAAGAUUGCCUGAGGGUGUGGUUUCAACGAAUGGUUGGGGAAUCGGAUUUAGGGGAUGUGGGAAACGGAUAGUUGUCGUUGGUACGGUGAGGGGGAUGAGAGGAACUGGUACUGUUGAGAUAUUUUCGUGGGAACCGGUGGAUGGGGUGCCAAGGUGGGAAUUGCUGGCCAGCAGGCCUUUUGGAAGUUUCGUCUAUAACUGUACCGUGAUGGACUGCUAGCCUCUGUUGGAAUGAAUAUGUAGUCUCUUUCAUUUUUAUUUUUAUUUUUUCAUUUUUUCUGAAAAUUUCAGAUUCUCGUCGAAGGACGAAUAGAAUGUUAUCGGUCGUGGGAUUGGACCGUUUUAGAGGUAGUUUACAAUGAUCGAUCCAAGCUGUUCAUCUGCUGGGCUCCAUCAUGGUAUGGGUUAUGCCCCAAUAUCUCCCUUGAUCCUAACCUUUGAAUUGCCGGCCGCAAAUGAAAAAAAUAAAUAAAUAAAUGAACAUCUCGGAUCCCACCACUGCAAAAAUGGUCAAAACAACGAAAAGGUGGGCCCCGCAUGUACAGUUUAUUGGGUAGGCCAAAUGUUUUUUUAUCAAACAUGAUAGUAUACAGCUCCGUAUAAGGAACCAAGCAAUGAUUUUGAUC